UGCAGUUUGUGAGCACGAUCGAAAGCUUGUCACCGCACAAGAUGCGCUCCACCAGCUACCCGCGCGUGCCUCGCGCAUUGUUUUGCUCUGCCCUUCUUUUGAGCCAACAUGCGGUCGUAGACGCCAACAACUGGGCAACGGGGCGAGCCUCUUCUUCGCGAUCCUCCACCCUGGCGGUGAUGCAACCUGGCGGAAGGAACAGGCCCAUCCGCGACUGGAAGGCGAUCAAGAGGGAGGCAGAGGAGAAAAGGAAGAACAAGGCAGAGGAGAAGGCCGAUGAGGCUGUUGAAGCUGCCCAAGAGACGGUGGAACAGGUCCUGGAUGAGCAAGUAGACCAGCAGCUGGAGACGGUGUCCGCGGAGGCGCUCGACAUGGAGGAGGACACGGCCGAGGAUAUUGGGAUCAUGCUGGCCAAGGUUGUCGUGAUCGCUACUGCUGGAGUGUAUGGCAUCAAGAAGGUGGUCGCGUUCGCGAAAGCCUUCACGAAGGCCCGCAAGGACAGGAAAAGCUCGGGAGAAGAAGGGGGAGGGGUAGCCGACGGCUUGUCUGCUGUGGCUGCCACGAAAGACGCCAAGGACAAGGACGAUGACAACGACAACGGAGGGGGAGAUGCAGAGGUGGCGAGUGGCGGAAACAAGGAGGGCGAUGCGGCUGCGGAGGAAGAGGUGGACGAGACGACGGAUGGGUUUGUCACAGCAGACGAGGAAGAGGAGGACUCGGCAUCGGAGAUGCUAGCAGGCAUGGGCAAAGCGGCCAAAGACAUGAAGAAGAGGGCAAAGGAUAGCCUUGAAAACUUGAAGAGCGGUCUCGGAGAAGCCACCGGCAGAGGAGAUGAGGAUGUCCAGGGGGCUGGGGAGGGCGACUCUCCUCCAAGCCUCCCGAAAGGCGUUGCCGGGGGUAAAGUUGACGUGUCGUACGUUUGAAGUGAAGAUUAGAAAACGUGUGUUGUGUGUAGACUUUGUAGAUGCAUCUCGACCGUAGCAUCCUUCUAGAGCAGCGUGGUCGCGUUUUUAGCACCUGAACGUCGGCACGUUCGGGAUGCUUUUUUAGUUUUUUUUUUCUCUCGCCUUUGUUCGUUGCCACGUGCAAAGACAAGGCGCAGCCACUGCCAUAUCGAGAGGGUAAACUGCUGCUCCUUUCACUGCGUAGUAUGACCGCCAUGUUGCAAGCCUUUUGAGGCAAUGAUUCACGCAGUCCUCCCGCAGUACUGCUGUAGCAGCAUAAGGUUGCCUUCGAACAUUUAGAGGUGCUGUGCUUUCAGGUUUAGCCAAACCCCUGCAGUAGAUGUGAGCCUGGGGUGUUGUUCGUGUUGGGUGUACGAUCCAUUUUUUAUCCACUAACAAUAGAAUUAACAAGCCAGAUUCCACGCGUACGGUACACACAACCACUAGUCUACAGAACAACAUCAUUUUCCCGGACAAAACGACAAACACCCUCCCCCGUCUACAGACCGUUGAGGGCCUUGAUCGCUUCCAGAGGAGUCGGAAACGCGGCUGGCACCGGUUGCACGCCCUCCAGCACGUCUUCUCGCCUACGCGUUCGCCUUAGCCACGGGCCUGCCUUCUUGAUGAAUUCCUCGGGAUUUGGUCUGAGGAUUGCCUCCCAGUCCAUUUGCACGUUCACGGGGAGGGGCUCGGUCAGCCGCCAACCCGCCGCUGCCAUAAGCCCCGACAGAACGAUGUACCCGCACGCCGCGCUGCCGCGGCUAAGGGGGCCAAAGUUAACCCAGUAGUAAAACAUGGUCAAGAUCAGGUCGCACACGACGUCUUCCCUGUUGUUGGCUUCCCCCUCUUCCCCUCGGCAGUCUGC